AUGAAAUUUGCUAAUCACUUUGAGAGCUUCCAGUCUUUCAUUGGUAUACAGGACACUGAAUUGAAAACAAUUUGUGGUUAUUUUCCAAUGCUUAAUGCAGAAGCUAUACUGGCAGAUAUGAAGUCAUUUAAUUUUUUUAUCAAGUCUAUGCUGGAUAGUGGAAUAUACAAAGCACACAAAAGUCCAUUAAUUAAAAUCAUGGAAGCUGAUAUAGGAUAUAAUGAACUACAACAGCUUUGUGAAAUACUUCUCGUCAUCCCUGUUACCACAGCUUCGGUUGAAAGAUCUUUCAGCACAAUGAAUAGAGUUCUUACAAAGACGGGAAAAAAAUGCUCCCAGAAACCUUAA